AUGGAGCGAGUUAGGUCUCUUAUGAACAAUAAAGAAAAUAUAAGAAAUAUUUCAGUCAUUUCUUAUGGAGAUAGUGGCAAAUCAACAUUUAUACAAAAUUUAAAAAAAUGCUACAACAAUAAUAGUAAUAGUAAUAAUAGUAAUAAUAAUAAUAAUAAUAAUUCAUAUUUAAUAAAUUUAAUUGAUACACCGUCACAUUAUGAUUUUCAAAUCGAAGCUUUACCAGCAUUUAGAAUCACCGAUGGUUUACUUAUUGUUAUUGAUUCAGUGGAAUAUAAUUAUAAUGGAUUGGAAUCUAUUCAAGCUAUUUUAUAUAGGGGUUUCUAUAGUGAAGUGUUAAGACCAGUAUUGUUUUUAAAUAAACUAGAUCGUUGUAUAUUAGAACUAAAAUUAGAUAGCGAAGAAAUAUAUCAGUCAUUUCAAAGAAAGUUUGAACUUUUAAAUAGAAAAUUGUUAUCAGUAUCGAUCGUUCAACAAAACAACAAAGAUUUUAUACUUUCACCAAAUAAAAAUAAUGUUGCUUUUGGUUCAGGUUUACAUGGUUGGGGUUUCAAUAUUGAUAAUAUAGCAAGGUUUUAUUCAGUAAAGUUUGGUAUUCCUCAAGAGAAAUUGGUGGAAAAGUUUUGGGGUGAAAACUACUAUGAUCCAAUAAACAAGGUGUGGGGUAAUUUAAAUUUUGUGGAAAUAAAGGAUGAAAAUGGUAAUUCAAAGAUAGAAAAAUUAAGAAGAGGAUUUUGUAAAUAUGUAAUGGAUCCAAUUUAUACAUUGUUGGAAAUGGUUAUGGCCGAUAAUGAACAGAGUUUAAAGGAAAUGCUUAGUUCAAUCAAGGUUGUGUUAAAAGAAGAGGAGCAGAAGCUUAAAGGAGUACGACUGUUUAAUACUGUAAUGGCAAAGUGGUUUCCUCUGGCCGAUAAUGUGUUGUCAAUGUGUGUUUCUAAACUGCCAUCACCAGUAGAGGCACAGAGAUAUAGAGUCGCUUAUCUUUAUGAAGGUCCGCUUGAUGAUGAAUGUGCAAAUGCUAUAAGAAACUGCGAUUCAAAUGGCCCAUUGAUGAUGUAUAUUUCAAAAAUGGUACCAAUUCCGAAUAACCAAAAUCGUUUUUAUGCUAUUGGCCGUAUAUUUUCAGGGGUUCUUUCUACAAACAAAAAAGUAAAUAUAAUGACAUCAGAUAGGAAAUCUCCAACCCAAUCUUUAAAAAAACCCGUUUCAGAUAUUGUUUUUAUAAAUAAUUUCAACAAAGGAAAUGAAUUGGAACUAAUCGAUGAUGUACCAUGUGGUAAUAUUGUCGGAUUAAUAGGUUUUGAUGGGUUUCUUUAUAAAUCAGGCACUAUUUCAUCCUCAGAUAUUGCAAAUUCUAUUAGAGAUAUCAAGCUAUCAAGUCCAGGAAUUGUUAAAGUUCCAGUACAACCUCAAAACCCGGGUGACUUACCAGUUUUAAUUGAAACAUUAAAGAAAAUAUCAAAAUCAAAUGAAGGGCUCCAAUUUUUUACACAAAAUACAGGUGAAAAUAUGCUUACUGCUUCAACCCUAGCUCAAAUAGAAUCGUCAUUGCAUGGCAUUGAAAAUAUUGUACAUUGUAAAGUAUCAAAGCCAUUGGUAUCAUAUAGAGAGUCGGUGUCAGAAGAAUCAUCGAUGGUUUGCAUGGCUAAAUCCCCAAAUAGACAUAAUCGAAUUUAUAUGAAAUGUGAACCACUUUCAUUCGAUUUGGAAAAUGCAAUUCAAAAUGGGUAUAUGUCAAAUGGUACAUCAGUAGAGGAGUUGAGGUCAAACUCAAAAUAUUUGGUAGAAAACCAUAAUUGGGAUAUUAUAGAUUCAAAGAAAAUUUGGUUUUUUGGUCCAACCUCGCUUCCUUUUGGUUUUGGUGAAAACUCAAAUUGUUUUGUAGACCAAACAAAAGGUGUACAAUAUGUUUCAGAAUAUAAAGACAGCAUGAAAAGUGCAUUCCAGUGGGCCGUUGGAGAAGGUGCGUUGUGUGAGGAACCUGUUAAUGGUGUUAGAUUCAACUUAGUUGAUGUUUCAUUUUUUGCAGAUGCAAUCCACAGAGGAGGAGGUCAAAUUAUACCAACCACAAGAAGAGUAAUAUAUGCAUCAAUGUUAACAGCUUCUCCCAUUUUAAUGGAGCCUUGGUAUUUAGUUGAAAUUAAUACAAUGGAAGAGCUAGUGGUUAGAGAUGUUAUAGAUCUACUCAACAACAGAAGGGCAAUGGUUAUCAAUCAAGAUAAAAGAAUGUUAUUAUCAUGUACUUUUAGCGCGUUUAUCUCAUACACCAUCAAAGCACACAUCCCAGUAUCAGAAUCAUUUGGAUUAAAAGAGUAUAUAUAUAAUGGAACAGGAGGUUCUGCCUAUUUGGAAUCUUGUAUUUUUGCUCAUUAUUCUUCUAUGGGUGCAGUUGGAUACGAUGAAAAUUCAGUUGCAACACAAAAAGUCAAGGAGAUAAGAGAAUCCAAAGGAAUGCCACUUACAAUCCCAAAAUUAGAUUCAUUUGUGGAUAAAUUAUAA